UGGCAGAAUGUGAGUGUGAGGGCUGGAUCCACACCACGGGGUGGUGGGGAGGCACCAGCCCACUUUGUGGCACCCCUGGGCCUCACGAGGUCCAGGAACUGGGGAUGCUCUGAGCCUUCCAAAAGUUUUUUUCAAAGGUCGCCCAGCCCCCCAGGUCAGUGCCCUAAGAAUUCUGUCUUAGCGGGAGGUGGGGGUGGGGGGCCAGGAUGUAACAGGACGAUGUCACAGAGGCUAGAGUCAUCUAGAACCCUGGGGGCUCCCGGUCUCAACAUCAUCUGGCAGAAAGGCCGCCCGGGUAGGUCAGCUCCUCCUGGGACCAGCCUUCAAAGACACAAUGCACGCUGGGCUGCGACCGGGAGCUGUUUCCGUCUAGGGCCACCCAGGUCCCAGCCGCUCUGCCUAACUGCCUCGGAGCCACCUGUGGAAGCUCACCUCCAUUCCCACCCCGGCCACGGGCCCCCUGGGAGGCCCUGGAGAUGCCCGGAGGCCUCCCAUCCGCGGUCCCCAGCGGGACCUAGCUCCGCACAGCAGCCGGAGAAGGAGGUGCUGGACAUGGGGCGGCCGCGGCUGGCCCUGGCCCUGGGGGCAGUCAGGGUCUCGCUGAUCCUCCUGGGGCUGGUGGCGCCCACGCAGGCGGUGGUGCGGGCCGUGCUGGAAGGCAACUCGAGCACGGUGGAUUUUGCGGACCUGCCGGCCCUGUUCGGGGUGCCCCUGGCCCCCGAGGGCGUGCGGGGUUACCUGAUGGAGGCCAAGCCGGCCAACGCGUGCCACCCCAUCGAGGGCCCGCGGCCGGGCAACGGCUCCCUGGGCGCCAUCGUGCUGAUCCGCCGGUACGACUGCACGUUUGACCUCAAGGUGCUGCACGCCCAGCGGGCCGGCUUCGAGGCGGCCAUCGUGCACAACGUGCGCUCCGACGACCUGGUGCGCAUGGCCCACGUCUACGAGGACCUGCGGCGUCAGAUCGCCAUCCCCUCGGUGUUCGUGGGCGAGGCCGCCUCCCAGGACCUGCGGGUCAUCGUGCGGUGCGACACAUCGGCCCACGUCCUCCUGCUGCCCGACUACCCGCCCUGCCCCGACCUGGACUGCCACCCCACGCUGGCCAUCUCCUGGGUGCUGGGCCGCACCCUGGCCCUGCUCACCGCUGCCUUCUUCGUCCUACGGCAUCUGUGGAACCGGCUCUGGGCCCGGCGGGCCCGCGGGCCCGCGGUCAAGGUGCGGGCCAGGCAGAGGGCCCAGGUGCGCACCUUCACCAGGCGUAACGACCUGUGUGCCAUCUGCCUGGAUGAGUAUGAGGAAGGUGACCGGCUGAAGAUCCUACCCUGCUCCCACACCUACCACUGCAAGUGCAUCGACCCCUGGUUCUCCCAGGCCGCCCAGCGCUCCUGCCCCGUGUGCAAGCAGUCGGUGGCCGGCACAGAGAACGGCUCCGACUCCACCGUCGACAGCUACGGGGACGAGGAAGACCCCUCGCUGCCAGGCCGCUGCCCCCCGGUCUGGGCCAUCCAGGCCCGGCUGCGCUCCCGGAGGCUGGAGCUUCUGACCCGAGGCAGCCCCCGCCGCCCCUGCAGUGCCGCGUCUGUGGGGGCGGCGGAGGCCAACGCGUCCUCGGAGGGGCCCCCAGAACCCCUCUGAGGCCCGCCGCCCCUAGCUGGCGGAGAUCAGGGCAGGGAGGGUAGAAGGGAGGAAUGUUUCUAGUCUGGAGACUAGAUAAUAAAGUGGGUUUGAAAGUGGAUUCUCGCCCUGACUGCUGGGGGGGGCCGCCCGACCCCUCAUCCCACCCAUGUGGCAAAUCCCAGCUGAGCCUAAGGCGGGUUCCUGGCAUCUGCGGGUGAGUGAGGGGAUGUGGGGACGGGAGGGGGGAGUCUCAGGGCCGCUGCGUGCACCACGUCUGUGAUGGUCCUGCGACAGGGCCUCCGUGCCUCGGUUCCAGUCCUGGGCACGGGAGCAGCUGAUUCCUGAUAUGCCUUUUAUUCAUUUAAACCUUAAAAAAAAAAAUAAACUUGUUACUUUGGAAUAGUUUUAGCUUUAUGGAAAAGUUGCAGAGGUACUAGAGAUAGUUUCCAUGGACUCCUUGCCCAGCUUCUCCUGAGUGUUCAGGUCUUGCAUCAGCACAGCCCGUUUGAUUCAACCAAGAGAGCACCUUGGGUAGGUUCCGAUGAACUAAACUCUGGAGUUGGGUCUUUGCUGCUGCGGGUGGGUUUUCUCUAGUUGUGGCGAGCGCGGGCCACGUUUCGUUGCGGUGUGUGGGCUUCUCAUUGCGGUGGCUUCUCUUGUUGCAGAGCACAGGCUUUAGACACGUGGGCUUCAGUAGUUGCGGCACACCGGCUUAGUAGCUGUGGCUCCCGGGCGUAGCUGCUCCGAGGCAUGUGGGAUCUUCCUG